GGCACUCAGGGUAAGGGAUCGUGCAUAUUUUUCCGAUUUUGAAUACUAGCAUUAUAGAACAUUAAAAUAUUAUCAUGUCAUCUGAACUUGAUUUAUUGAGACAACGCAUUAUUGAGCUUGAGGCCGAGAAUGCUGAGGUUAAGGCCAAAUAUAUCAAUGUUAUGGAUGAGAAUGCAGAGGUCAAGGCUGAGAAUGCAAAGUUCACGAGACUAGAGCAGAGAGAUAAAGAAAAGACCAACCUUAUUGCCAAAAUGGAUGAUGAUAUCAAGGAAAUCAAACAAUCAUCGGCCAAUGCCAGCUCUGUCGAGAAUCCCAACAAUGUUGUUCGCCUGGGUAAACUAGAAAAGAUGGCAAAGCCAUCAAAUACAUCUGAUAGUACAUUUAAUUCUAAUGCAUGCAAACCUAUUUGUACAGAAACUAAGUCAUUGGAGGAUAAAGAGACGGAUGAUUUAUUGGAUGAGGAGUAUAGUAGAAAGGUUAGCGAUGAGAUCAGGCAGAGGAAGCGGGAAAAAAAGCUUCAGAGCGAAUUGAUUGUUCAGGAGUCAUCACCAGCAAUUAACACCAGUUGUAUAACAGACCUCUCUACGACUAGCACUGGACUUGUAACUCUCCCAGAACAGGUAGUUGAAGAAUCGAUUCCAAAGGAAUCAUCUGCAGAGUCAGCGAUACCCUGUGAGUCUUUUGGAAAUAAGCAGGACACUCCACCCCAAAAAAUUCCCUAUAAUCAGAAACGAUCAAAUGGCAAGAACGCAGAUUUAUGAUGAAAUGGAGCUGUAUCUUCCCGGUAAAAAGAGAGAGUAUUUGCGUAAGAUGACACAAAAGGCUAA